AUGCGUUUUCUGAACCUGAUCCUUCUGUCCGUUCUCGUUAUCGGAAUCCAAUCCAAGUCAUGUAAGUGCUAUCGCUUUUAUUUUGAGACUCGUGAUUUCAGUGUACAAGAGGGAUAACAGCUACGGAGAUGAGCCAGUGACCCCAGCUCCAGCUGCCCCAGCCGCCGAGGCCCCAGCUGCCGAAGCCGCCCCAGCUCCAGAAGCUCCAGCCGCCGAAGCCGCACCAGCCCCAGAAGCUGCUCCCGCUGAGGCCGCGCCAGCUCCAGAAGCCGCUCCAGCUGAGGCUGCCCCAGCUCCAGUUGAACAGCCCGCCCCAGCUGCCGCCCCAGUCGCCGCCUCCGGAUACAGAAAGAAGAGAGACAACAGCUACGGAGAUGAGCCAGUGACCCCAGCUCCAGCUGCCCCAGCCGCUGAGGCCCCAGCUGCUGAAGCCGCCCCAGCCCCAGAAGCCGCUCCCGCUGAAGCCGCUCCAGCCCCAGAGGCCCCAGCCGCUGAAGCCGCCCCAGCCCCAGAAGCCGCUCCAGCUGAGGCCGCCCCAGCCCCAGUUGAGCAGCCCGCUCCAGCCGCCGCCCCAGUUGCCGCUUCUGGAUACAGAAAGAAGAGAGACAACAGCUACGGAGACGAGCCAGUGACCCCAGCUCCAGCCGCCCCAGCUGCCGAGGCCCCAGCCGCCGAAGCCGCCCCAGCUCCAGAAGCCGCCCCUGCCCCAGAAGCUGCCCCCGCCGCUGAGGCCGCGCCAGCCCCAGAAGCCGCUCCAGCUCCUGAAGCCGCCCCUGCUGAAGCCGCCCCCGCUCCAGUUGAACAACCCGCCCCAGCUGCUGCUCCAGUUGCCGCUUCUGGAUACAGAAAGAAGAGAGACAACAGCUACGGAGACGAGCCAGUGACCCCGGCUCCAGCUGCCCCAGCCGCUGAGGCCCCAGCUGCUGAAGCCGCUCCCGCCCCAGAAGCUCCAGCUGCCGAAGCCGCCCCUGCCCCAGAGGCUGCUCCCGCUGAGGCCGCGCCAGCUCCAGAAGCCGCUCCAGCUGAGGCUGCCCCAGCUCCAGUUGAACAGCCAGCCCCAGCUGCCGCCCCAGUUGCCGCCUCCGGAUACAGAAAGAAGAGAGACAACAGCUAUGGAGAUGAGCCAGUGACCCCAGCUCCAGCCGCCCCAGCCGCUGAGGCCCCAGCUGCCGAAGCCGCCCCAGCUCCAGAAGCCCCAGCCGCCGAAGCCGCCCCUGCCCCAGAGGCCGCCCCCGCUGAAGCCGCUCCAGCUCCAGAAGCCGCUCCCGCUGAGGCUGCCCCCGCUCCCGUUGAGCAGCCCGCCCCAGCUGCCGCCCCAGUUGCCGCCUCGGGAUACUAA